AUGGAUUCGACGUUAUUGAUGAUUAUUCCUGUUCUCGUCAUUGCAGCGAUUCUUAUCAUCUCUGCAAAAACUGAGACCUCCGGAACUAUUUUCGGAAAAAUCCUGGCAGUAGGGAUCUCCCUGAUCCUCGUCGUAGGGAUCCUUAUCCCGGCGGUCCAGAACUCCGAUGUAGAUUAUUCCCCCCUUUCCCCUGCCCCUAAGGAGAAUGUCUUGGAUGUGUUCUUGCUCGCAGGCCAGUCUAACGCCGCCUACGGAGUCUAUGAGGUCUCUGAAGCCGCGCCAGCCCCUGAGUAUGGCACUUCAUACUAUUUCGGCACCUCCACCAAUCCAGUCUACUUCUUAGGAUCUACAAUUAUGUCAGGUACCUAUUCCUUAGCUGGCAUGGGGGCGUAUGACAUGUGCAACACGUCCGGCACUCCUAAAAUCGGUAAUGUUGAGUUGCCUUUCGCAGGAGAGUAUACUCAGUAUAGUGGUCAUGAUAUGUAUAUGAUCAAUUGCGGAGUAUCAGGCACCAGCAUAUCCGAUUGGCAACCGGGAGAGUACUGCUACACCUAUGCCCUCGACGUAUUCACUACUGCUAUGGAGCAGAUUGAUGUUUCUCAGUAUUCGGCAGUCAAUCUCUGCUCAAUCCUAUGGAUCCAGGGUGAAAAUGAUGCUUACAUGAUCGCCACCGAAUACGUCGACCUCUUCCUUACUAUGUGGGCAUCUAUGCAGACAUGGGAGUAUUCUUCUCAACAUUUCGAGCAGAUUAUAAUCUCUCAGACUCGCUAUGCUUCCGCACCUAAUUCCUCUAUCGCCCAAAAGAUGCUAGGAGACGGAGACUACUCCGGAGUUUACCUCGGGUGUACUCUUGCAAACUCCUUCUCUACAUCUUCCGGGUCCUUGGUAGCCGAUGGCAUUGAUAUGAAAUUAAUUAAUGGCGUCUUGACAAUUGUGGUGGCCAUCAUCUUGGUCGCCGUUUUAGUCGUGCCGGUAAUUGACUCCGAGGCCGAUUCCGUAACCACUACCUACGCUAAUGGUUCGGGCACUCUUGCGCAGGCCUUGGAGACCACCCCUGCCGCACACACUAUCGAGUACACUUCUGGAACCACCUUCACCGUCGACGGUGAGACCUAUCAGCUCGGCACUUAUGGCCGCCUGGGCAUAUUUGCGAGUGAUGAGUGCAGCCUCCAACUGAAUAGCUCAGGAGGACAGAUCUACAUUAUGCAGAAGGGAAUCAAUCAGAUCACUGCAACCCUUUCCGAUGGGUUCAAGGUUGAGACUACUGCCUCAGGAUCUGUCACCAUCACCUACGGCUCCUCUACAAUUACACACCCCUACUCGUGGACAGUUAUGCUGAAUCCUCAGGGAACAUAUGUGUGGAACUCUAUCUCCUCCGGUAAUGCGCGUUACAUCUACGACGUCGAGGAUAUUAUCGUCGCAUAUUCCUUCGUAUCUGGAAACAACUAUUGCACUUAUGUCGACGGAGUGGCAAAAGUCAACGGCAACUCCUCCGCAUUUACUGCGACGACCGCAGAGGUAGAGGGAACUGAUGGAAAACUCCAGACAGUGAAUAAAUUAAUGUUUGGAGAGUUUGAGAUUCAAUUCGGAUAUGUGCCUGUCACCGUAUCCUAUAUUGAUGCUGAAUCUUCUCAGAUCAUAUCUCUCCUGUACAUUAUCCCCCUGCUUCUGCUCGUGUCCGUUGUGGUUAUCGCAACGGGAUUCAUGAGAAGCAGAAACUAA